AUGUCGGAGAAUUUAAAGAGAGCAGAAUCAUUGUUUAACAGAAUAAUGAAUCAAACAACUAACAAUGAUUCAUCAACGUCAUCAUUUGCAUCACAGUCAUCAACACCAACAACUCCAAUACUGGAAUCAUCGCCAACAUCGUCUACCACCACCACCAAUCCUAAUUCUACUAUUUCAGGUUCAAGAAAGUUCAAUUCAUCUUCAUAUUCUGUUCCUACCAUUCCAUCUAAUAUUCCCAAAUUGGAUAUUGAAAAGUUAACUCGAGAGGCAUUAGCUUCUGUUCCAGAGUCACAUCACACAUUACCUUAUUGUUGGACCAUAUGGUAUCAUUCAAGAAAUAAGAAAAAAGAACAAGGACAAAAAGUAUCAGAAGAAUUACAAGAGUCAAUUGAAGAUCAACAGCCAGAACAACAACAACAACAACAGCAGCAGCAGCAAAGUGCUGAGGUUGAUUCUUAUUUGCAAACUACUAAUGAAUUGGAGUUUAUUGAUUUUUCCACUGGGAACCCAAUCCAUCAUAUUGCUUCUUUAGAACAAUUAUGGAGUAGUUUUUCAUCUAUUAAAAAAACAUAUACCUUAAACAUUGGCACGGAGUUUUUAAUUUUCAAAACAGGUGUGAAUCCUGUAUGGGAAGAUCCAAUAAAUUCAAAGGGUGGGAGAUGGGUUUUCCGGUUUAAUAGAAAAAUUAUGGAUGGACAUAAUAGUAAUAAUGAUAAGAAAAGCAGUAAACAAGAAUUAUUCCGUAAAAGAACAAGCUUAAUUUGGGAAAGAUUAGUGUUAAAGACUUUAACAGGAUCUUUAAUUCCUGAUUCUAAUUCCAGUGAAAUCCAAGAGUUAUUAUUAAAUGAUAUUUGUGGAUUAGUGUUAAGUGUUCGUAAAGAUGAAGAUAUUAUAAGUUUAUGGAACUCCAAUUUAAAUUUUUUUGGGAAAAAGGACCAAACCAAGAAGUUAACUUCAUUUCAAGCAAGAAGAAUCAUUUGUGAUUCGAUAUUACGUGUCAUUCGUGAAUGUGAUUUGAUUAACCAAGGUGGAGAUUGUAUUCAAACCAUCGAUAUCGGUUCUAAUGAAAGAGUUUUUGGUGUUAGUUUUGAUUAUAGAGUUCAUGCUGAUAAUGAAAGAGAAAGAGAAAAGUCUAUUACUAGUAAUGGUGCUAAUGGCUCUACAGCGGGUGGCAGUACAGGUAACAGUAGUGGACAAACCUAUGGAAGUCAUUACAAUAGGAGAUAUAACAAGUACAACACGAGUAAAACAGAUUCCACUGCCAAAUAA